GUGUGUUCGUGUGCAGAAGUUCCACACACUCUGGGCGCAUCGACAUGUUUUUAAAGUGGAUUACAAACUGUCUUUUAUUUUUAACUUUCAUUUAUCUCACGCAUACAGAUGCAGUGAAUGAUUUCAGAGCAAUUGAAGGAGAAAUUGUCUAUCUUCCCUGCCACUCACCCCCUAUUGACAGUGUACAAGUUUCUGUAGAGUGGACAAAACAUAGUACAAACAGCACAACUAUUUGUCAAUGGAAUAUUAAUAACAUUACUGGAUCUCGCACUGGAGACUGCUUUCCUCGUUUCAAAAUCAACAGAAAGUCUUUUACACUAAGUAUAGAAAAUGUUCAGCCCAGUGACUCUGGUCAUUACAGCUGUAAAACAUCAAGAUUAAUACCACCACCAACAUUAGACAAUACCACAAAUGUGACACUCCAAGUUGAAGUUCGUCCACAUCUGUCUGUGCAGAAACUGAACAGCAGUAAUGUCACCUGUAUCCAUCUGCUCUGCUCUAUGGAGGGUCUGACGACUGAGCUGGUGAACUUCACCUGGAGCCGAGAGGGUCAAAGUUCACUUCAUCCAUUCAAAUCUUAUGCCACGAACAGUGAGCUGCGUCUGUGUAAACCUGACUGGAGUGACGGAGACACAAUCACCUGUUACGCCAGCUACUCAGACACCCAAACUCAAAGAAGUAUACGCCUGCCCUCACAGAGUGAUUCUGACAAAGUUGUCCAGCUGUUGACCAUCUCAUGCAGUGCUGCUGCAGGCCUCAUCCUCUGCAUCAUCCUUACCAUUGUUAUUUGCAAAUGCAGAAAGCAAGACGAAAAUGGAUCUAUAGUGUUCAGCAAUAAAGUCUAUGAGAACUUCAGUUUCGCCAUGGCCCGUCAGAACACACAGUCCAAUGAUAAACCACAGCCAGAAGAGUGUAUUUAUGAGAACUAACUGCUGCUGCUUAUAUAACCUUUGCUUUAAAGCCAGAUCGGCCCAGUUUUUACGAAGGCAGUAUGAUGUAGGCAAAAGUGUGUUAAGUGGUUUAGCUAAGAUAUUUGAUGGUGCACUGCGAAUGUGAAGCAAAAGCUUUCUGUAUUGUUUACAAUGCCUUCACUGACUUCAAACACUGUAAGCAGGCACUUUAAACAAUCAGUAACUGUUUUCGUUGUGUUUAAGCACUGUAGGUGCACUAAACUAUUAUGUCUUCUAAAUUAAACUGAAUUAAAUUAUGAUAAUGAGCAAGGAUCUCAUAUCCGUUUUCUUUCAUACAAUGCAAAGGCAUUAUUAAAAUUUCUCUUUGCACUUUUUGUUGUAUGAAUUUUCUUUUUUGUAUGGGGCCAAUUAUACUGUAAUAUUUCAUUACUUGUAAAUAAAUCACACAUUGUAUGUCUUUUGUGUCAAAGCCUCUCUGCUGUCAAACCAAACUGCAGAAAAUUAUUUCACACUUAUUCACAUCUGUCCUCUGGUCAACUUUGGGUUGCAAUGAAAAAUGCAAAAAUCACUAUAUCACUUAAUAAUGGCCAUAGUUGGGGCAAAGUUAUCUUCUAUUGUGAGUACAUGCCUAUGGUUUAUUUAGUGAAAAUGUACAGUAUAUAUUUACAAACUUUGCUCCUUUUAGUACAUGGGUGCCUCACAAAUCUGAAACGAUUUUUUUCUAAUUUGGUCUAAAUGGAAAUUUAGAUUGUGU